CACGUCAUUGCGUCGUUGCGUUGUCACGCGAUCAUUGAUAUUUUGAAAUAGACUUAAAAUGUUACAUUUUUUUGUCCUAACCCUUUUAUAUAAAUCGGUACACUGCGCAAGUUAUCAGCGCUACGAUGCAACUACCCAGAAUCAAUUCCCAUACAAGACAAAUUACCAAAGUGAUAUAGCACCUUUUCCAGCAGUGACCAGAUACCCAAAUUAUAGUCCGGGGUAUUCGACCAGUAGAUCAAAUGUAUAUAGCGGAGCCGGUUCAGGCAACGUAUUUUUUCAAUCAGGUUAUACAACACCUCGAUAUGGUGCAGGUGCAGAAUACGGAAAGACCUAUGGACAGGGUAAUUACGGUUACGGUGCCAUAAGUCCAUACGAAAGACCCUUCAUGCAAUAUGGUAAUGAUUAUUGUGUAAAUAGAACACCUCAGAAUGGUAUUUGGAUAGAUAGUUUAACAGGCAUGUGGUAUGGAGUAGAAUUAAUCCAACAUUUAGCCGGGGAUGCAAGAGUUGAAUAUGCAAGAUCCUGCAUUGUGAUCCAUAUAUCUGAACCAAACGAUAAGCCCUCUACAGAUAACCAACUAUACCACGUGCAGGCGCUGAACGCGAAAUUCCGGCAGGAUUAUAGAAAUUUAAGAUUAUUGUGGGAUGAGGCCGGACAAUCAAUAGAAUAUGCUCUUUACUUCCGAAACGACUCUGCUGGCUACUGGCAAGCAUUUGACGUGCAAAAUGGUACGCUAGCUGCUCGUCCCUCGUAUCAACAGUUUACAGGGACUGUGCAGGUUCUCAAAGCUGUGAAUGACCACCUGGUACUAAACUUCUGUCAAGAAGGUACUACAAAUGUACCAGCACAGCUGUACUCUGUGCUUUUCUCAAGGGAGCCAGGUCAAAUGGCUCGGUGGGAAAUCGAUUCCGUUCAUUCCAUGUUGCAGAAUAAGAAACUGUCAGUAGCAUCAAGGCGAAUGGUCUGCGGCAAUGGUGCUGAAAAACAAAUGUAUAGUGUUAUAUUUUCUAUGCUUUCUGUUUUCUUUGCUGUUAUAGCAUCUUUCUAAAGCAUUAUUUAAUUGAAUUUGAAAUAACCUAGAGUGUAUGUAACGAUUGUACAUGGCAUAUUUUUUAAAGUGAAAUUUUAAUUUCGAACAUGACUGCCAGUAUCUAUGUGUUAUAUUCCGUCCAUGUGGCAAUUUAUAAAUAAUAAUAGUUAUAUUUUAAUUUUGUAUUAAAUAUAUAAAAAAUCAGUGAGGUAUGACGAUUUCACCAAAGAGACUUGUGUAGAUAGAUGCAUUUUGAAUGAUGCUCUUAUUUUAGAUAAUAAACGAUGUGUAAGUAAUUUAAUAAAAUAAUGAGAAAAGUAACAUAGAUCAUAGUAUGGAAUAAAUUAUAUAGAUUAACAAAUUAACGUAAUAAGUUCUUUUUAUUUAUUGAUAUUCGAUGCCAUAUUAUAUAGGUAC